UCCCGCUUUCUAAUUCUUCCUUUCGUCAUCUUCUGGUCGCUUUUCAACUGGUCUGGGCACGAGAGAGAGAGCAGUGAGCUGAGCUCAAGAAAAAAUGGCGUAUUUCACAGUGCCGUUCCCCAGCCGCCUGAGAAGCUUCUCCGUAUCCGCCUCUUCCAACGGGUCGCCACCUCCGGUCGGCACGAGCCAGAGCCAAACACCGGGGCCCGUGAUCUUGGAACUUCCGUUGGAUAAGAUACGGAGACCAUUGAUGCGCACCAGAGCCAACGAUCCCAAUAAAGUCAAGGAGCUCAUGGACAGCAUCGAAGAGAUUGGCUUACAAGUCCCUAUUGAUGUGCUUGAGGUAGAUGGAGCUUAUUACGGUUUUUCAGGUUGCCAUCGGUACGAAGCUCAUCGGCGACUCGGUCUCCCAACCAUACGCUGUAAAGUUCGUCGUGGAACGAAGGAAACACUCAGGCACCAUCUCCGUUGAGCUUAAGGGGACACGAGAUCGGCUGAUUUAUCCACUUUGAUGAACCGGAUAAUCUUGUACCUGUAUUAUAAUGAUCCUCAUACAGGACUUGAACUGCAUAUGUAUAUGUGUCUGUACGCCAUUUGUAUUAGCUGCUAUGUCUAUAGAUAUGGGAGACGCGGGUCUUGUUGGUCAUAUUGUGAGGCUGUCUGAUCAGGAGAAAGAUUUGAUCAGGAUAAAGAUGGGGGCAAAUAAUACAGAGAAGAGAAUAGUUCGGAUUCAUGAGGUCCCUAAGAAAGGAAGACGUGCGAGUCAUCCGUGAGAACAGAGCAGACUGAGCUCAGCGAAGCCUUUCCAGUCACGGCUUGCGGUCAGCCUCGAUCUCGACCAUGAAAGGCUAUGAGAGGCAAUGCUGACUGGCUGAGGCGGAGGAUCUGUUAGUGAUGGCUAGCACUCUGAAAGGAAUAAACGAAUUCCAAAGAUCUUGGCAGAUCCAAA